CAAAAAAAUCCUAUACUUACCUAGCCCAGCCGCUGUCCUUAGUCGCUCCCAAUCUCCUUCAUUCCUACCGGAACCGAUCUCUCCCAUUUUCCCACCUUGUGCUCGCCGGGCUGAGAACGAAGACGGACCGCCGGUUGUGUGAACAGGUUUUUUCCCUCCGGUAGUCGUGAGGGGAACGUAGUGGUGGGUGGCGGCCGUUGGUGUUUAGCAGGGUAAUCUGCAUUUGUGUAAUUUGUGAAAGAAAGGGGGCGUUUGGUUACAGGCUCAAAUCCAUCCGGGUGUGCUUAUUUAUUCCUAUUCUUGUACGAGUAUAUACUUAUUCUAGUGUACAGAUUGUGUUAUACUAUAUUUUGGUGUUGGUAUCGUAGAAUGUUUGGUUGUGAUCAUUGUUUUGUUCGUGCCUUGUUCAUGUCCUCCUGAGUCCUCCAUUACUAUUUCUGACAUCUAGUUACUUUUUGUGGCAAAAAUUUUAUUUCCAUUGAAUGGUAUGACCCUCUGAUGCUGCAACGGUAGUUACAGUACGUAGUUCACACCAACAGCAAGAAGAAGAACUAAACAGACACCCCAAACUUUGCUUACUAGAGAGGCAAUGAUUCGACGUUCUAUUAUAACCUACAUUAAUAAAAAAGCUCACCAUGCAGUCUUUCACUAUAUAUCAACCGAUUCUUCUUCUUCUAUGAUCCCUUCUUCUCCACUGCCGCCCCAAGAUUCUCUUACCCUCAACAGACUCAACCACAAGGACUGGUUGGCCCCAAAUGAGGUUUUGAAAAUUAUCAAAGCCCUCAAAGACCCUAGCUCAGUGAUCACACUCCUGGACCGCUACGCAAAGCGUAAGGACUAUAAACCCAAUGAAGUUCUGUACACUUUGGUCAUCAACAAGUUUGUUCAGGCCAACAUGUUUGAUGCCGUUGAAGAUGUCAUGCAAAGAAUCAGAGCCCAAGAGCACUCUUGCCAGUUGUCUGAUGAGUUCUUCUACAAUGUUAUCAAGAUUUACGGCAAUGUGGCCGGUCGUAUAAGCAAAGCAAUCGAUACCCUUUUCGAUAUGCCAAAGUAUAAUUGCUGGCCUACGGUGAAAACCUUUAACUUUGUGCUGAACUUGCUUGUUUCAGCGAAACUGUUUGAGGUUGUCCAUGAGGUAUACAUGGGUGCUCCUAAGUUGGGUAUUGAGGUCGAUGCUUGUUGUCUUAAUAUACUCAUCAAGGGGUUGUGUGAAUGUGGUAAAUUGGAGGCUGCGUUUCACGUGCUCGAUGAAUUUCCUAAGCAAAAGUGUAAACCAAAUGUGAGGACGUUCUCGACGCUAAUGCAUGCUUUGUGUGAGCGUGGGAAGGUUGAUGAAGCAUUUGGCUUGUUUGAAAGGAUGGAAAAGGAGGGGAUUUUUCCGGACACGAUCACAUUCAAUAUUUUGAUUGCAGGGCUGAGGAAAGAAGGGAGAGUUGAAGAGGGGAAGGAGCUUCUGGAGAGAAUGAAGCACAAAGGGUGUUAUCCGAAUUCAGGGUCUUAUCAGGAGGUUUUGUACGGUUUACUUUAUAGCGAGAAGUUUGUUGAGGCAAAGGAGUUUACGGGUGGGAUGAUCUCGGAGGGUUUAAGUCCAAGUUUUGUGUCUUACAAGUUAAUGGUUCGUGGCCUAUGCAAGAAAAAUCUUUUGGGUGAUGUGGAUUGGGUUCUGAAGCAGAUGGUGCGUCAAGGUUUUAUCCCAAAGAGGGGGAUGUGGAAGCGGAUUCUACGAAGCAUGUUUCCAGGAAAGAACAGAUGUAGCAGCAGCAUUUCUUAUGAAGAGAUUGUUGGGAAUUAGCUAACUUGAAAAAGAUGAGCAGUUCUGUUGCCAAAACAAGGGGACCUCACAAUGAUUUUGCACACACCAUGUGGUCAUUUUAGGUGGUAUGGAUGUGUCUUGUGUUUGCUAUGUGCUGGUAAUAUGUAUUGUUGUAUAAAAGCGAAGCAGUUCGGCCAGAUUUUACCUAAAGAAACCAUAAUAAACAUAAAAUACAUGCUGCUUUUGGAAGUCUCUUGUAGAAUCCCUCAGACAAGGGGUUACUUACUUUCUCAGACACCUUGGAAUGAAUAACAGAAGUGCUUCUAACUCUAUUUUUCUAUCAGCUUUGAAAUACUCACGUUUUCCUUUCUCUCACCAGGUGGACUUAAUAUACAAAGAAAACAAUUUCAGUUUGAAUUGUCUGUUAUGCCAGUUCCUAAUUAAAGAAGAAAGAAAGAGCCAAUGGAGACUUUUGCAACUUCAAUUUUACAACCUUUUUUCCUUUCCUUAUUGUUGGACUGGUCUAUAUAUGAACCUGUUGGACAAAUUAUGUAGGCUUCAGAAAUCAGAACAGCCUGCGGAGAAUUUGGAGUAUGAAAACC